AUGCUUAUUACACCAGUACCAAAUAACGAGCAAGAACUCACCAGGCUGAUGCACGGCAAAUCCGCAACUGAACGCAACGCUUUUCUUUCAAUGCUGCGUAAAGAUGGACAGGCCCAUCGUCUUAUUACAGACGAAUACGUCAAACGCUGGACCGAGGAUAGCGAUGAAGCACGAAAGUCCAGACAAGAUUCUUACAUGUCUCUCGUGAACAACUACUACGACUUGGCGACUGAUCUGUAUUGCGAGGGCUGGGGAGAGUCAUUCCAUCUCUGUCGAUUCGCUCCCAAGGAAUCCUUGGUACAGGCACUAGCUCGCCACGAGCAUUACCUUGCACACAUGAUUGGCAUCAAAGACAACUUUAUCGUGCUCGACGUGGGUUGUGGUGUUGGUGGGCCAGCAAGAGAAAUUUCCACAUUCACCGGCUGCAAAGUCGUCGGAGUAAACAACAAUGGCUACCAAAUCCAGAGAGCCACUGCACUUACAGCCAAGCGUGGUCUUUCCGAGAAAGUCUCUUUCGUCCAAAACAACUUCAUGCAUUUGACCUUCCCGGACAACACUUUCGACGCCAUCUAUGCCAUCGAAGCCACUUGUCAUGCUCCAGACCUCGAAGGCGUUUACUCGCAAAUGUACCGCGUCGCCAAACCAGGAGCAGUGGUCGGCAUCUACGAGUGGGUAAUGACAGACCGCUACGACGAGAGCGACCCAGCUCAUCGUGCAAUCCGCCAUGGCAUCGAGCGCGGAAACGGUAUCUCCAACAUGGUGACCAGAAAGGAAGCACAGCAGGCCUUCUUAAAGGCAGGAUUCACCCUUCUACAUGAUGAGGAUUUGGCGGAGCGUAAAGAUGCAAGACCUUGGUAUGCUCCGCUGAGUGGCGACAUCAACUAUGCUACUGGACUAUGGGAUGUACUUGGUGCAUUGCGUAUGACGAAGGCUGGUCGAUUUGCGAUGGAGAUGCUGCUCUCAAUGCUCGAGAGAGUUAGAAUGGCACCUUCCGGUACAGCGGAGACCGCAAGAGAGCUGUCGGCUGGUGGUAAUGCUCUGGUUGCUGGCGGAAAGGAAGGUCUCUUUACUCCAAUGUAUCUCAUGACUGGGAGAAAGCCAAUGUAG